UAUCAUUUAUAUUUAUAAUAAUAUUAAUUAUUGAAUAAUUAUCUCUUUUUCUUUAAUAACCAAUUGAGUGGGAGGUUGUUGGUAGUUUUCAUGGUAACGGUGAGAUAAAAGGAAAAAAGUUUUCUUAAUUUUAGUAGUUGUUAAUUUGAGAUUUCCAAUUUUGAAAAGUUCUCAUAAAAAGCUUGUCAAGUAAAUAAGAUUUAUUAAACGAUAGCUUGGAGAGACUAGAUGUUCGUGGAGUGUUUAUAUACGAUAGACACUCAGCUGGCCGAUGAGCUAAACGAUCGCAUAGCUUUAGCUAGACGAUCACAUAGCUUUUAUUAAACGAUUGGGCAUCGUCCUAUACAAUAGGCUUUGACAUCUUCCACUUGCUCAAUCAUUUGCACGAUUGUUCUCCUUCAGUCUCUGCCUCUAACCAAGUCCACACAACCCACACUCUAGAUUCUCACAUCGAGAAUACCAAGGUAAUCUUUGUGGUGGUGUCAUACUCAACUUGACACUAGUCGAGGUUCUGUGGAGGCCGUUCGCUGUGUUCGUGAUCUGAGUGUUUGUUGUGUUCAAGAUUCCUAUUGAUCAUGUAGUGUAGUGGUCGAAGUGUUCGAGCAUUGGAGAGUUGCAGUGUUGCUGAUUGUUCGAGCGUUCGUGAUCAAGGGUAUUGAAGAUGAGUCUUCAAAGGUUUGUUUGUUCUUCCCUUUAUCUUAAAAAAAAAAAAAAAGCAUGCUUCUGUUUUGCGCAUAGCCCGUUGUUUCCGUUUGUGUACUGUAAUUGUGAAUGUUCAUAUACGAAUGAAAUUUGGAACGAUCCUUCCACUGCUCAUGGAAAUCCUCAUGUCCGAUUUCCUUCAAUACCAAAUUUAGAGGGAGGUCGUUCCAUUGUUAACACUCAAAUACCAGAUCCUUAAACCAUAUAGUCUUAUCAGUUAGUUAGAGAUAGGUAGAAAGGGUCAUUCGACCACCUGUUCGAUAUGAUGAAGCUAAUUUUGUUAGUUUUUCUUUAAAUUGUUUUGAAGAAAAUUCACCACCAGAACCCAGUACUUAUAAACAAGCUAUCAACUCAAGAGAUAGAGAAAGAUGGUUAGAAGCAAUGGAUUCUGAAAUGAGUUCUUUAAAUAAGAAUUCUACGUGGGUGUUAGUAGAUAGACCAGAAAAUCAGAAGAUUGUUGAUUGUAAAUGGAUUUUUAAUAUUAAACCAGGCAUACAAGGUUUUCAAAAUCUCGCUACAAAGCAUGACUUGUAGCCAAAGGUUUCACAUAAGAGGAGGGCAUUGAUUAUAGUGAAGUUUUCUCUCCGGUUGUCAGACGCACAUCUAUUAGAGUUCUAUUAUCCUUAGUGGUACAAUUUGAUUUAGAACUUGAACAAAUGGAUGUUACUACAACUUUCUUGUAUGGAACCUUAGAUGAUAACAUUUAUAUGAAGCAACCUCCGAGUUUUGAACAAACUGGAAAAGAAAAUAUGGUAUGCCAUUUGCAAAAAUCUAUAUAUAGCCUUAAACAGUUUUCUAGACAAUGGAACAAGUAUUCCGCCAGUUUUAUAGCUUCAAUGGGCUUCAUUAAAAAUUCUUUUGAUACUUGUGUCUACAACAAAACAAUUAAUCAAAAGAUCUUUGUUCUUUUAUUACUAUACAUUGAUGAUAUCUCAUUGCAUCUAAUGAUUCUUCUAAGAUUUUGAAGUUUAAACUUCAAUUGAAAGACAAGUUUGAAAUGAAGGAUUUGGGAUUGGCCAAGAAGAUUUUAGGAAGUCUUACGUAUGAAAUGAUUUCUAGUAGACCAGAUUUGGCUCAUUCAAUGAGUGUCAUCAACAGAUUUAUGAGUAAUCCAGGUAAAACUCAUUGGAAGACUUCCAAAUUGGUGAUGAGAUAUAUAAAAAGCUCUGUAAAUAAGGGACUGUUGUAUUCUAAAAGUGAUGAUUCUGUUGAUACGAUUGUUGGAUAUGUUGACUCAGAUUAUGCAAUUGAUUCUGAUAGACGAAGAUCUCUCACAUUAUAUGUUUUUAUAUUAUUUGGCAAUACUAUCAGUUGGAAAUCAACCCUUCAAUCAGUGGUAACUUUGUCCUCCACUGAAGUAGAGUAUAUGGCUUUGGCAGAUGUUACCAAAGAAUCAGUUUGGCUUAAAGGUUGAUCUAUGAGAUGUGUUCGAUAUCUUGUUCUAUCAAAUUGUUUUGUGAUAGUCAAAGUGAACUAGCUAUCUCAAAAAAUCCUACUUUUCAUGACAAUACCAAGCAUAUAGAUGUAAGACUCUAUUAUGUUAGAGAAAUUGUUUAAGAAAGCAAGGUUGUUUUACAAAAAAUUGAUGGUUCUCACAACCCUGCUGAUAUGUUGACUAAAACUGUUUGUUUAAGAAGGCAAGGUUGUUUUACAAAAAAUUGAUGGUUCUCAUAACCCUGCUGACAUGUUGACUAGAACUGUUGCAUUUGAUCGUUUUGAAUAUCUCUACAGCUUGCUGAAGCUCAGGGAUGUUUGUUUCACAUUCUGAUUUUUGAAGAACCGAAUCAGAGUUGGUUUUCUUUGCAAGCAGCUGAAUUUGUUCAUCAAGAGGGUGUUUGUUGGGCUAUACCCAUUUUGUAGUGACUUUCAAACUUAUGUUCUUGGGCUUUUGUUAUUUUUUUUUGGACUUUUGCUGGACUAAAAUUGUUGUAACAAGUUUUGUUAUUAGAAUAUUCCUCCUAACGGUCUCUGUACCUUUUGCG